AUGUGCGGCCACGACACUUCGGGAAAGCCUCGUGGCGGUGCCAUCGCAGUGCUCAACUCGUCAAUGACCAGCCCGCAAGCUUGCGGCUGGUGCGCCGAACUUACAUUCCACACCCCCGGCCGGCCGGGCAGUCCACUUGCGACACAUGCCAGACUCACCUCUGUUGGGAGCGAAGAUCUCGCCAACUUUACGAGGACUUCUGUGCUUAUUCAUGAGUCUGGAGACUUUACCAGAUGUGCAGAAGAUUGCGGUUUAUUCCGCUCUUUCGACUUUCAGAGCGCUGUUCUUGUCGAUGGUGGUCUCGCGUUGGAAAUGGAGCUCCCUCAUCCCAUGGAAAUCCAGGUCGGAGACAAUGGAAUAAUAGGGAGGAGAAUAAGCAUGCGUAGGAUGUCGGGGGACGACUCUAUGCCCAGCCCGAAUUUGUCGACGGCCGAGGGUAUCGUGGGCUUCAACUUUCUCGCCAAGGCGUGA